CCUGCUGAGCCUGGAGGAGCGCUACAGCCCGCGCGUGUCCUACUUCCAGUGCGUGCAGCGCGACAUCCAGCCCUACAUGCGGAAGAUGUUGGCUUUCUGGAUGCUGGAGGUGUGCGAGGAGCAGAAGUGCGAGGAGGAGGUUUUCCCGCUGGCCAUGAACUACGUGGAUCGCUACCUGUCCUCGGUGGCCGUGCACAAGAACCACCUGCAGCUGCUGGGAGCUGUGUGCAUGCUGCUGGCCUCCAAGCUGAGGGAAACCAUGCCCCUGACCGUGGAGAAGCUCUGCAUCUACACCGACAACUCCAUCACCCCCCAGGAGCUGCUGCACUGGGAGCUGCUGGUGCUAGAGAAGCUCAAGUGGGACCUGGUGUCGGUGAUUGCCAACGAUUUCCUGCCCCACAUCCUGCACCGGCUGCCGCUGCCCCCCGACAGGCUGGAGCUGGUGAAGAAACACGCACAGACCUUCAUCGCCCUCUGCGCCACAGACUUCACCUUUGUGAUGUACCCCCCGUCCAUGGUGGCCACGGGCAGCAUCGGUGCCGCCAUCCACGGGCUGACGCUGCCGCUCAGCGGCUUCGGCGGCGAGGGGGUGACGGAGCUGCUGGCCGGGAUCACGGGCACCGAGGUGGACUGCCUGAAGGCCUGUCAGGAGCAGAUCGAGGCCGCCCUGGCCGAGAGCCUGAAGCAGGCGUCCCAGUCGCAGCAGGAAUUCAGCCCCAAGGCCGCGGCGUACGCGGGCAGCCAGCCCACCAGCACCCCCACGGAUGUCACCGACGUCAACCUGUGACCCGUCCCCUUCCCCAGAGCUCCAGCCCCUCCCCGGACACCCCGAAUUCGCUGC